GGAAACCAAAGCGCAAUAACGAAAGGAAUCCCAUAGGAAGAAGAAACCCUCUCUAGGUGCUGAUCUUGUGGAACUCACUUGCGAUCAGAUAAAAGGGAGGACUCGUGUCCAUAUUGCAAUCAAUCAUAUCCAUAACUGUCAACAUGGAGGAGAAACCCUAUAAAUGCCUGGAGUGUGGACAGAGCUUCGUUCAUAGUGGAAGUCUACAUUUGCAUAAAAGAACUCACACUGGGGAGAAGCCCUAUAAAUGCCUGGAGUGUGGACAGAGCUUUGCUCAGAGUGGAAGCCUAAGUUCACAUCAAAGGAUGCACACUGGGGAGAAACCCUAUAAAUGCCUGGAGUGUGGACAGAGCUUUACUCAGAAUGGAACACUACGUUCACAUGAAAGAACUCACACUGGGGAGAAACGCUAUAAAUGCCCAGAGUGUGACCAGAGCUUCACUGAGAGUGGAAAUUUAUAUAAGCAUCAAAGGACUCACACUGGGGAGAAACCUUAUACAUGCCUGGAGUGUGGACAGAGCUUCACUGAAAGUGGCAGUCUACGCAGACAUCAGAGGAUUCACACCGGGGAGAAACCCUAUAAAUGCCAGGAGUGUGGACAAAGCUUUGCUCAUAGUCAAAGUCUACAUUCACAUCAAAGGACUCACACUGGGGAGAAGCCCUAUGAAUGCCAGGAGUGCGGACAGCGCUUCGCUCAUAGUGGAGGUCUGCGUAGACAUCAAAGGACUCACACUGGGGAGAAGCCCUAUGAAUGCCAGGAGUGCGGACAGAGCUUUGCUCAGAGUGGAAGCCUGCUUUCACAUCAAAGGACUCACACUGGGGAAAAACCCUAUAAAUGCCAGGAGUGUGGACAGGGCUUCGCUCAUAGUAAAAGUCUGUGUUCACAUCAAAGGACCCACACUGGAGAAAAACCCUUUCAGUGCCUGGAGUGUGGACAGAGUUUUGCUCAUAGUAAAAGUCUACAUUCCCAUCAAAUAACUCACACUGGGGAGAAGCCCUACAAAUGCCUGGAGUGUGGACAGAACUUCACUCAGAGUGGAAGCCUACAUUCACAUCAAAGGACUCACACGGGGGAGAAACCCUAUACAUGCCUGGAGUGUGGGCAGAGCUUCACUCGUAGUGGAAAUCUACUUUCACAUCAGAGGACUCACUCACACUGGGGAGGAACGUUAUAAAUGCCUGAAGGGUGGACAGAACUUUGCUCAUAGUGGAAGUCUACAUUCACCUCAAAGGACUAACGCUGGGGUGAAACUCUGUACAUGCCUUUAGUGUGAACAGAGCAUCACUCAGAAACCCAGUCUACAUACACGUCAGAGGACGCAUCGUGGGAGAAACCUUAUCAAUGUCUGGAGUGAGGAAAGACUUUCACUUAUAGUGCAAAUCUACGUUCACAUCACAGGACUCAGAGUAGGGAGAAACCCUCUAAAAGCUUGCAGUGUGGACAGAGCUUCCCUGAGAGUGGACGUCUAUGUUCACACCACAGGACGCACACUGGAGAGAAACCCUGUACAUGCAUGGAAGGAGUGUGUUUCUUAGGAAUGCAGGAUGGUCAUCUAGAAAGAAAGUUUGAAAGAUUACUCGACUAUAUGAUAAUUGCAGCAAGAAUCCUGUAUCCUCAGAGAUGGAAGGAAGAAGUAAUCUGAACUUAAGUGAACUGACUGAUGAAGAUCUGCAAAGUAGCAAAUAUUAAGAAACUGAUGCUGCUGAAUUAAGGAGAAACAUUUGGUCUCUUUCAAGAAACAUUGCAACUUUAAAAUCACUCUUUCAUGACAACAUUCGGGGCGUUUUGUCAAGUGUAAGAUUUAUGAAUUAGAAGAGUGGUACCGAAGGCAGACGUGUGCUCAUUAUAUAGGAUUGUCUAAAUGGAGUAGAAUAAUGAGGUAUAGAAAUAGAAAAAGAGAAGGUUUGUAGAAUUAGACCCAUGUCUGUCUAUUUUUUGUUUGUUGAUGUAGUUUGUGUGUGUUUGUGUCUAUGUAAGAGUGUUUUGUUGGUGUGUUUGUUUCUAAUUUAGUUUUACUUUGUUGUAGUAGCCAGUUAGUUAGCUGCAUAGUUUUAGUAUUACGCAUUAUAAACAUUUUUGUUUUUGUGAUUUUACUGCUUUUUUAAAACUAGUCUCUUAAAAGGUGGCAAAUUUAGAAAGGUUGACAUUGCUGAGACUGGAGUGGCAGAUAGACAUGAUUUUAGACCAAUGUGGGGUUUAUUGCCUAAUAUAUUUUGUCUUUAUGGUUAGCCGCAUAGCUCUGAAGUUGAAGGAUAUCCUGUGAGUGAUGCAGAAAGGAGACAUCCCCAAAACUGGCCAAGACUUAUAACAUCCUUUUCUGCCUUUUCCACACAAUUUCCCCAAUAAAUCAAGUAGCAACUGUUCAUUUCA